AUGUACCGGGAGAACGGUGACGGGGAAAUAAGGAUGCCACCUCAUUUGACGGUUGCGACUGCGAACGCCAUUCUCAAGCGGUUGAGGACUACGAAACUCGAUCGCUCACGAGCUGCAUCCGAGAUUCUACCAGAUUACGAUAACGCCGUCGAAUUUCCCGAUAACAAUAGCGAUGUCCCCGGUUCACCCGUCUCUUCAAUCGAGGUGUUCCAGGAUGCGCCCACGACUUUCUCACUCGACCUCUCAACGGGAUCCGUUCUCAUGGGGGGAGCUUUGAGUCACUACACCAACACGAACGAUACCGCAAUGACCGACACGGAAAUACCCUCUAGGCAAAGCACUGCCUCCCCCAUCUAA